CCACGCCUUCUGUCCCCCUCUCUCUCUCUCUCUCUCCUCUGGAUGCGGUAUCUGCCUAUAUAUCUUUCGUAAACGCUAUACCUUAAUGGCGAAGCUUUCACGACCCGUUGCCAUUCCCUUCCUAUAAACACGUCCUCUUUUCACCCAUAUGCGAUACCGGAAUCCCAUUCCAAGAUAAGACAGAGAAAGCCAUAAGCGAAACGCAGAUUCUCUUUCCAAUAUAUACACACACAAACACAAACAUACAUACAUACAUACAGACACAGAGAGAGAGAGAGAGAGAGAGAGAGAGAGAGAGAGAGAGAGAGAGAGAGAGAGAAUGGCGGUGGUGGAUGUGUUGCCGGAGGGGUGCAUAGCGAACGUGGUGUCUCUAACGAGUCCCCAGGACGCGUGCAGGCUGGCGGUGGUGGGUUCCACGUUCAAGUCGGCGGCGGAAUCGGAUGCGGUCUGGGAGAGGUUCCUGCCGUCCCAUUACAAGGACAUCAUCACCCGAGCCGUUGAUUUUCCGAACCACACUCCUUCUUCUUCGUUUGCCUCCAAGAAACAGCUCUAUCUCUGGCUCUCUGACCAUCACCUUCUGAUCGACCAGGGCACUAAGAGCUUUUCGUUGGAGAAAUCAAGUGGAAGGAUAUGUUACAUGUUAGCUGCACGGAACCUCACAAUUGUAUGGGGCGACACACCCAGCUAUUGGAGAUGGAUAUCCAUACCCGAGUCCAGGUUCUCGGAGGUAGCUGAGCUUAUUAACGUGUGCUGGCUUGAAAUUCGUGGCAAGAUAAACACAAGCAUGCUGUCCCCAAACACAACCUAUGCAGCUUUCUUUGUAUUCAAAUCAACUGCAGGAGCCUACGGAUUUGAAUACCAUCCUGCAGAGGUGGCGGUUGGAGUUAGUGGAAGUGAGAGUGAAACUCAAUCUGUUUACUUGGACCCGGAAGGAGGGCAGAGGCUGCAAAAUCAGAUUGUACCCAGGAACCCUGUCUUUCGUCGCGGCUUCAGCAUUGGUAGCAGGUGGAGGCAGCGUACAACCUCGGUACUCAACGGGGAGAGCUGCGAUAGGAAAUACCCAAAGGUGAGAGGAGACGGGUGGAUGGAGAUCGAGAUGGGUGAAUACUUCAACAAGGGUGGUGGUGGGGAAGAUAGGGAACUGGAGAUGAGUGUGAUGGAGGUAGCGCGCGGUGAUUGGAAGAGUGGCCUCAUUGUUCAAGGGAUUGAGAUCAGGCCAAAGGUUGUGGACAAAUUGAUACAACAGUGUAGUAGAGACGAGCAAUUUGUUGCAGUGAUCCGAUGGCUGUUUCCUUUUCUUGGUCUUUUACCAUCGACUGGGAAGAAGAUGUGGCGAAGCUUUCAGGACCCGUUGCCAUUCCCUUCCUAUAAAUAUAGGUCCUCUUUUCACCCGUAUGCGAUAUCGGAAUCCCAUUCCAAGAUAACAUACAGAGAGCCAAAAGCGAAGCCCAGAUUUUCUUUCCAGUAUAUAUAUACACACAAACAUACAUAUAGAGAGAGAGAGAGAAUGGCGGCGGUAGAUGUGUUGCCGGAGGGGUGCAUAGCGAACGUGGCGUCUCUGACGAGUCCCCGGGACGCGUGCAGGCUGGCGGUGGUGGGUUCCACGUUCAAAUCGGCGGCGGAAUCGGAUGCGGUCUGGGAGAGGUUCCUGCCGUCCCAGUACAAGGACAUCAUCACCCGAGCCGUUGAUUUUCCGAACCUCACUCGUUCCUCUUCUUCUUCUUCUUCGUUUGCCUCCAAGAAACAGCUCUAUCUGUGGCUCUCUGACCAUCCCCUUCUAAUCGACCAGGGCACUAAGAGCUUUUCGUUGGAGAAAUCAAGUGGAAGGAUAUGUUACAUGUUAGCUGCACGGAACCUCACAAUUGUAUGGGGUGACACACCCAGCUAUUGGAGAUGGAUAUCCAUACCCGAGUCCAGGUUCUCGGAGGUAGCUGAGCUUAUCAACGUGUGCUGGCUUGAAAUUCGUGGCAAGAUAAACACGAGCAUGCUGUCCCCAAACACAACCUAUGCAGCUUUCUUUGUAUUCAAAUCAACUGCAGGAGCCUACGGAUUUGAAUACCAACCUACAGAGGUGGCGGUUGGAGUUAGUGGAAGUGAAAGUGAAACUCAAUCUGUUUACUUGGACCCGGAAAGAGGGCAGAGGCUGCAAUAUCAGAUUGUACCCAGGAACCCUGUCUUUCGUCGCGGCUUAAGCCUUGGUAACAGGUGGAGGCAGCGUACAACCUCGGUACUCAACGGGGAGAGCUGCGAUAGGAAAUACCCAAAGGUGAGAGGAGACGGGUGGAUGGAGAUGGAGAUGGGUGAAUACUUCAACGAGGGUGGUGGAGGGGAAGAUAAGGAACUGGAGAUGAGUGUGAUGGAGGUAGCGCGCGGUGAUUGGAAGAGUGGCCUCAUUGUUCAAGGGAUUGAGAUCAGGCCAAAGGUUGUGGACAAAUAAAAAUACCGACGGAGAAGAUUUGCUUUUGUAGUAGGGUGAAGAUAUCUAUCUUCCUAUAAAAUCUAAUUUCCAUUCCUCCAAGCUCUCUCUCUCUCCUGGGUAUUUGAAUGCUUUCACCUGUUACUUAAGAGAGAGAAGAAUCGAAAACUAGCAUAAUCGAAAAAUGGACUACCGUGAUUUAUCAAUUGUUUUUAAAGUUAAAUUGUUCACGGUCCUCCAUUUUUCCGUGUAUAAACUCAACUUUUGACAUACCUAUCGAUGUUCGGACGAGCUAAUUUUUUCAUAGAUACAUUAUUUUGUGGGCUCUACAAGAUGCACGAUUCAAAUUUUUCAAAAAAAUACGCGAAGAGGACCCACACGGACUGUCCGGACAGCCCCUUGUACGUUGAACCUGUAUUGCUUUUAUCAUGGAAUUACCAGUACUGAAAAUACUCGUAUGCUAAGGCAGUACGGAGUAUGUCUUUUAUGAAAGGAGUAAUCUAGGUAAAUCGUCUAUGCCCGGCUACUAAUGAAGGUUCAUUAAGUUAUUUUAAGCUUUAUAUAUCUCGAUAGUUGAUACAACAAUGCAGUAGAGAUGAGCAAUUUGUUGCAGUGAUCCGAUGGCCUUUUCCUUUUCUUGGUCUUUUACCAUCGACUGGGAAGAAGAUGGUUAACUGAGAAGGUUUCCCGUUUA